CGCAUCGUCACGUCGAAGCCAGUCCAGCGUGCAUUCGUCAAUAGCGUGCUCCUGGUGUCUGGCGCUGUGAUCCUCUUUUGUACAGCGGCCAUUGCUUCGGCUCUCUUUUUCCAGAAUUUUCUUCCUCAUGAGGUGGUGACGAUGCCUGUCCACCUCCAGUAUGGGUAUUCUCAGCAAGAAUAUGAUGUAUCGCUGAGCUUGACAAUGCCGCGAUCGAACCCGAAUGUGGAGCGCGGCAACUUCAUGAUAAGCCUGCACAUGCUCGACUCGAAACCCGAUUUUGAGCUUCAGGCCAAGGCUGGACAGCACGCAGCCGAGCAUGGUGGUUUUGGGACGACCAAUAUCCUCUUCAGCUCACGCAGGCCCGCCCUGUUCCCUUACGUGGAUCCGUUCGUCUCUCUCGCGUCUCGCGUCCUCUUCUUGGCCUACCAUCUAUUUGCGCCUGGGUCAAGUUCGAGCACAAUGAUGAUACCUCUAGCAGAAAGGGUGUGGUUCUCUAAGGGGUCCAUGGUCCCAAAGUCGGCUUAUAUCGAGGUAGAGGCGGGGCAGACAAUACAGAUAUACCAUGCUGCACUGCAGCUUACAGCCCAGCUUCGCGGACUCCGCUGGCUGAUGGUACACUAUCGAAUCUCCACUUUCAUUGCCUUUACCUUUCUUUUCUGGAUCUGCGAGAUCAUCUUUAUGGCCGUGGCCUGG